AUGAAAUCAGGCCUUCUCCUCCUGGGGCUCCUCGCCCUCUGGGCUGACCUGACACCUGCCUCUGGGCAGCUCCAUGAAGCUAACGCCAUCUGCAAUCUCCCUGCGGAACCCGGCCCAUGUUUAGCCUACAUGCCCAGAUACUUCUACAACUCGGCCACCAAGAGGUGUGAGGAGUUCAUUUACGGCGGCUGCCAGGGCAAUGCGAACAGGUUUUCCAAUAUGGACGAAUGUCUCAAGACCUGUGGAAGCUCAGUGAAAACGGGCAAGUGCCCCACUCCCAUCAACGGGGGGGCUGCGAACUGCGAUAACUUCUGCUCCACGGACGCUGACUGUCCCGGAUCUGAGCGCUGCUGCAGUAACGGCUGUGGGACGGAGUGCAGACUCCCCAUAGGAGUAAACCCAGGGUACUGCCCGAAGGUCAAACCCGGCACGGUGACAAUCUGCCUCGUGGAAUGCAAUAACGACAGGGAAUGUGGAGCGGGCAGCAAGUGCUGCAGCCGGGGAUGCCACGUGCACUGCGCACGGGCGGUGCCAGCCCAACCCGGCACCUGCCCCAAGAGAAGAGUGCUGCAGACGUUCGCGCCGUGUGAGAAUAAGUGCAGUGAUGACAGGGACUGUCCCACCAGGCAGAAAUGCUGCUUUACUGGCUGUGGCCUCGGCUGUCUUGCUCCCCAGACUAACGCGAUCUGCAAUCUCCCUGCGGAACCUGGCCCAUGUUUCACCUACAGCCGCAACUACUUCUACAACUCGGCCACCAAGACCUGUGAGGAGUUCGUUUAUGGCGGCUGUCAGGGCAAUGCGAACAGGUUUGACACUAUGUUCAGGUGCCUCAAGACCUGUGGCAGCUCAGCUAAAAAGCUCUGCCAGCUCCCUGUGGAGCCUGGCCCGUGUCAGGCCUACAUGACCCGCUACUUCUACAACUCGGUCACCAAGAAAUGUGAGGAGUUCAGGUACGGUGGCUGCCAGGGCAACGAGAACAGGUUUGCCUCUGAAGUCGAAUGUCUCAAGACAUGUGGACAGCCUGAGAUCUGCAAGCUCCCUAUGGAACCCGGCCCAUGUUUUACCUACGUGCCCAGCUACUUCUACAACUCGGUCACCAAGAGGUGCAAGGAGUUCAUUUAUGGCGGCUGCCAGGGCAAUGCGAACAGGUUUCCCAAUAUGGACGAAUGUCUCAAGACCUGUGGAAGCUCAGAUGUAGAGAUCUGCCAGCUCCCUGUGCAGCCUGGCCCGUGUCAGGCCUACACGACCCGGUACUUCUACAACUCGGCCACCAAGAAGUGUGAGGAGUUCAGGUACGGUGGCUGCCAGGGCAACGAGAACAGGUUUGCUACCAAAGACGAAUGUUUCCAGACAUGUGGACGCCCAGUUAAAGAGGUCUGCAAGCUCCCUGUGGAUGCUGGCUCAUGUUUUUCCUACAUGACCCGCUACUUCUACAACUCGGUCACCGACAGCUGUGAGGAGUUUGUUUAUGGCGGCUGCGAGGGCAAUGGGAACAGGUUUGCCAGUAAAAAUGAAUGUCUCAAGGCCUGUGGCAGCCCAGAUAUAAAUAUCUGCCAGCUCCCUAUGCAGCCUGGCCCAUGUCAGGCCUACGUGUCCCGCUACUUCUACAACUUGGUCACCAAGAAAUGUGAGAAGUUCAGGUAUGGCGGCUGCCAGGGCAAUGAGAACAGGUUUGCCACCAAAGAUGAAUGUGUCGAGACCUGUGUGCGACCAGUUAAUGCCGUUUGCAAACUCCCUGUGGACUCUGGCUCAUGUUUUUCCUACGAGACCCGCUACUUCUACGACUCGGUCACCAAGAAGUGUGGGGCGUUCACUUACGGCGGCUGCGAGGGCAAUGGGAACAGGUUUGCCUCCAUCGACGAAUGUCUCAGGACCUGCGGAAGCGCAGAGAAACCCGGGUUCUGCCCCAAGACAACCGGAGGGCUCUGCAUUCUGGGAUGCAACGAUGAUGACGACUGUGCUGGAGCAGAAAAGUGCUGCAGUAAUGGGUGUGGCCGGACUUGCCAAACCCCACAGCAGGGCCGACGAGAGCGUGACCGCGAAGAGCCGAGAGCGUGA